UUUAGUUUUGAUAAAGUCGGGGAAUCAUAAACACGACAGCCAUGGUUAAGGUGGCAGUGGUCACGGGCUCAAAUAAAGGGAUCGGAUUGUCAAUUGUGAAAGGACUUCUGAAGAGGUUCGAUGGAGUGGUGUUCCUCACCGCGAGAGACGACGGCAGAGGCAAGGCUGCGGUCGCCAAACUGAACGAGCUCGGUCUGCAUCCAGAGUACCAUCAGCUCGAUAUCACGGAUAGGAACAGUGUCGCUAGGUUAGCGGACUAUAUCAAAGAAAAGUAUGGAGGCAUCGACAUAUUGGUUAAUAACGCUGCUGUGGUGAGCGGUUUAGACUUGAAUGUGAGCUACAAAGAGACCAAAGAAGUUCUCGACAUUAAUUACUUCAGUUACCACAUUAUUCAAGAGCUCCUGUACCCUCUGGUGAGGGACAACGGACGUAUAUUAAACAUUUCCAGUGACUGCGGUCACCUGUCCAACGUGAGGAACGAGUACUGGAUCAAGAAGCUGUCUAAUAAGUCUCUGACAGUGGAAGAAAUCAAUGAGUUCGUGAACUGGCACUUGGAAGCUGUUAGGACUGGUACAUUCAAUAAAUCUGAUAUCGCUGAUGAAGGAUCAAUAGCUGCAUAUCGAGUGGCGAAAGUUGCUGUCAGUGCUUUGACCAUGAUUCAGCAAAGAGAACUCGACGGCAGAAACAUUUCGGUCAACUCUUUGCAUCCAGGGUUCGUUCGGACUGACAUGACCAAAGGGCUUGGAUUCUUAGACGUGGAUCAGGCAGCAGAAACACCAGUGAACCUUCUAUUAGAAGCUCCCCAGUCUCUUAAAGGUGCUUACGUGUGGUAUGACGGACAAGUAUUGGAUUGGUUUGACGCAAACGCUGACUAUUACUUCAAAUUCAAGACUAUGUUGGACAUGUUAUAAAUACAAAAUAACGUAACAUGAAUUAUACUCUAAAUGCAACAAAUUUUUACAAUUAAUUUUUGUUAUUGAGAUUUUAAUAAACUAUUACCCAAAAGUAAGCUGAACUUUGGCCUUAAAUAAUAAAACUGCGAUAACUAGA